AUGGCCAAUUCACAAGGAUUCAGAGAUGGAGAUGAUUUUCCAGGAGUCAGAUCAGACUAUCAGAAGAUAUCAGACUCAUCUGGGAUCAGCUGUGUGUCUAUGAGGAGUGAUCAGUCUAUGAAUGAACCAUUAAAAUUUCAGGACAGAGAAACAUCACCUGGUCUGAGUUAUCAUUUGCAUCAGAAAACAUUCAGAUCAAAUCUAAAAAACAAGUAUGAGCGUUUGUGUGAGGGAACAUCAAGUGAGAGAAACCCAACACUACUGAAUGAGAUCUACACAGAGCUCUACAUCACAGAGAGUAAAAGUGGAGAGAUCAGUAAUGAACAUGAGGUGAGACAGAUUGAGACACAAUCCAGAAGAACAACAACAGAGGAGACACCAAUCAAAUGUUAUGACAUCUUUAAACCGUUACCUGAACAAGACAAACACAUCAGAAGUGUGCUGACAAGGGGAGUCGCUGGCAUUGGAAAAACAGUCUCUGUACAGAAGAUCAUUCUGGACUGGGCUGAAGAGAAAGAGAAUCAGGACGUCCACCUCAUAUUUCCACUUCCUUUCAGAGGGAUCAAUUUGAUGAAGAACAAAACACUCAGUCUUUUAGAUCUUCUUCAUCUUUUCUUCCCACAAACAAAAGAAAUGAACAUAUCUAGUAAAAGAUAUAAAGUGUUGUUCAUCUUUGAUGGUUUGGAUGAGUGUCGUCUGUCUCUGGAUUUUCACAGCAGUGUGAGGUUGUGUGAUGUAAGUGAAUCAACCUCAGUGGACGUGAUGCUGACAAACCUCAUCAAGGGGAAUCUGUUUCCCUCUGCUCUCAUCUGGAUCACCUCCAGACCAGCAGCAGCUGAUCUCAUCCCCUCUGAGUGUGUUGAUCGAGUCACAGAGGUACGAGGCUUCAGUGAUCCACAGAAGGAGGAAUACUUCAGGAAGAGAAUCAGUGAUGAGAGUCUGUCUGAUCAAAUCAUCUCACACCUGAAGUCAUCCAGGAGUCUCUACAUCAUGUGUCACAUCCCAGUCUUCUGCUGGAUUUCAGUCACUGUUCUAGAGAGAAUGUUGAGUGAAGCAGAGAGAAGAAAGAUCCCCAAGACUCUCACUCAAAUGUACACACACUUCCUGAUCAUUCAGACAAACAUCAAACAUCAGAAGGACUAUGAGAAGAAAGAUGAAGACAUGAUCUUCAAACUGGGGAAACUGGCUUUUGAGCAGCUUGUGAAAGGCAAUCUGAUCUUCUAUGAUGAAGACCUGAGAGAGUGUGGCAUUGAUGUAGCAGAAGCAUCAGUGUACUCAGGAUUGUGUACUCAGAUCUUCAGAGAGGAGUUUGGUUUGUAUCAGGGGAAAGUUUACUGCUUUGUUCAUCUUAGCAUCCAGGAACAUCUAGCGGCUCUUUAUGCUCACAUCUCCAUCACAAACAACAACAGAAAUGUGUUUGAUCAAAGUCUUAACGCAGAUCAGUUUUCUAAAAUUUUGGCCAGAUUAAGGGUUGGCCAGUUUUUUUUAUCUGAGUUGCAUCAGCGAGCUGUAGAUGAAUCUUUGCAGAGUAAGAAUGGACAUCUGGAUCUUUUCCUGCGUUUUCUUCUGGGUCUUUCACUGGAGUCCAAUCAGAUUCUCUUACAGGAUCUACCGACACAGAUGAGAAGAUGCUCCUACAAUAAAAAGAAAACUGUUGAGUACAUUAAACAGAAGAUGAAUGAGAAUCGGUCUACAGAGAAAUCCAUCAAUCUGAUUCACUGUCUGAAUGAACUGGGUGAUGAUUCACUGCUGCAGGAGAUUCAACGUUAUGUGACAUCUGAAUCAUUAGGAAAGACCAAACUCUCCUCUUCACAGUGGGCAGCUUUAGUUUUUGUGUUGUUGACGUCUGAGCAGCAUUUGGAUGAACUUAAUCUAAAUAAAUUUAUUGGAGAUAAAAAUACAGCAGAUGAAGUUCUUGUGAGACUGCAGCUUGUGGUUAAAGAAACCAAAAAACUCAAGUUGUGGAGGUGUGAUAUCACAGAUGAAGGUUGUGUUGCUCUGACUUCAGCUCUGAGAUCAAACCCAUCAUCCCUGAGAGAUCUGGAUCUGUCUUAUAAUAAUCUCACAGAUUCAGGAGUGAAGCUGAUCUCUGAUGUACUGAAGAAUCCUGACUGUAAACUGAAGAUACUGAAGUUGAGUCAGUGUGAUAUCACAGAUGAAGGUUGUGUUGCUCUGACUUCAGCUCUGAGAUCAAACCCAUCACACCUGAGAGAACUGAAUCUGUCUUUUAAUAACUUAAGAGAUUCAGGAGUGAAGCUGAUCUCUGAUGUACUGAAGAAUCCUGACUGUAAACUGGAGAUACUGGAGUUGAGUGAUUGUAAUAUCACAGAUGAAGGUUGUGUUGCUCUGACUUCAGCUCUGAGAUCAAACCCAUCACACCUGAGACAUCUGGAUCUGUCUCAGAAUAAACUCACAGAUUCAGGAGUGAAGCUGAUCUCUGCUGUACUGAAGAAUCCUGACUGUAAACUGAAGAUACUGAAGUUGAGAUUGUGUGGUAUCACAGAUGAAGGUUGUGUUGCUCUGACUUCAGCUCUGAGAUCAAACCCAUCACACCUGAGAGAUCUGGAUCUGUAUGAUAAUAAACUAAGAGAUUCAGGAGUGAAGCUGAUCUCUGAUGUACUGAAGAAUCCUGACUGUAAACUGCAGAUACUGGGGUUGAAGUGGUGUGAUAUCACAGAUGAAGGUUGUGUUGCUCUGACUUCAGCUCUGAGAUCAAACCCAUCACACCUGAGAGAACUGGAUCUGUCUCAGAAUAAUCUAAGAGAUUCAGGAGUGAAGCUGAUCUCUGAUGUACUGAAGAAUCCUGACUGUAAACUGAAGAUACUGAAGUUGUGGAGGUGUAAUAUCACAGAUGAAGGUUGUGUUGCUCUGACAUCAGCUCUGAGAUCAAACCCAUCACACCUGAGAGAACUGUAUCUGUAUGGGAAUAAACUCACAGAAUCAGGAGUGAAGUUGAUCUUUAAACUAAAAGAUGAUCCACAUUAUAAACUACAGACAGUACGGCUGUGUAUCCUUUAA